UGCACUUGCAGCUGAGCAGCACUCCGGACAGGACGGUCUCCUCCUCCUCCUCCUCCUCCUCUUCCUCUUCCUCCUCUUCUUCUUCUCUGUGUGUGGUGCAGCUGAGGGGUGCACCUACAGUCGCAUCUGACUCCAGUGCAGAGUGUCCCGGGUGGUCGGACGCGUGACGGUGCGGACUCAUUGAUAAAAAUACGCGCUGGGAUUAAAAUGAGCACUCCUGCUGCGCGGCUCUCCACCUCCUCCUCCUCCUCCUCCUCCUCCUCUUCUUCUUCUUCUUCUUCUUCUUCUUCCUCCUCUCCUUCCACAUAGCGUUGCUUUCUCUGCACAAGAUCUGAUUUUAUGAGACUCCAGCAGGCGACGCAGGAUGACUACUACCUUAUCGCUGGUGAUUUUGUGCGCUUUGGUGGCGUUAGUGUUGGGGUCCAAGACAGAGCGGGCGGUGCUCUCCUGCGACAGCGGCGAGUACACAGCCAGCGGGGAAUGCUGCGAGCAGUGUCAACCUGGAGAGGGAGUGGUGAAGAAAUGUGGAGCUACGCAGACGUUCUGUGCGCAGUGUUUGGACAGUGAGACUUUCUCAGAGAACUACAGUCACACGGAUCAGUGCCGGCCCUGCACUCAGUGCACCGGCCUGAUGCGGAUGGAGACGCCCUGCACCGAUUCCAACGAUGCCAUCUGCAUCUGCAACUACAACUACUUCUUCAGCUCGAUAUCGGGCAGCUGUGAGUCGUGUACGGUGUGCCCAGCAGGACAGGGUGUGUACGCUCACUGUGAACACAACCACGAUACGGUGUGCGAGGAGUGUGUGGACGAUACUUACUCGGACCGGGAAAGCUACCUCGACCCCUGCCUGCCCUGCACCAUCUGUGACGAGGAGACGGAGACAGAGCUGGCUGAAUGCACGCCGAUCAGUGACUCCGUCUGUCACAAUCCUCUACUCCCCACAUAUUACGCUCCAACUGACAUGGAGCCAUCUCCUCCCUCCUUCACCAAUUACUUCCUCCCUGGCUCAGACAGUCCAAUACCGGGCGCCGAGACAACCACCUCAAGCUCUGGCUCUCCUCGCUUCCUCGGCCACGGUGUCAACGAAAAACUGAUCCCCAUUUACUGCUCCAUCCUGGCUGCCGUGGUGGGCCUCGUAGCCUUCCUUGUUUUCAAGAGUUGGAACAGCUGCAAGCAAAACAAGCAGGCCGCUAACAACCGUGCGGCUACCAACAACCAGAUGGUGACACCGGAGGGAGAGAAGCUGCACAGCGACAGCGGCAUCUCGGUUGACAGUCAGAGUCUGCAGGAACAGCAACAACAGCAACAACAGCAACAACAGCAGCAGCAGCAGCAACAGCAGCAGCAGCAGGCCCAGGCUGAAGUCCAGGCUCAACCUGCACACUCUCACACACCGGAACAGAUAGUGGUGAGGGUGGAUGGUGGCCCCCAGCCUGACACGCCACCCCCCGAAGUCUGAGGAGGAUGAAGAUGAGACAUCAGAGAUGAAGAAAGGGAGAGGAGAUUUGGGACUUGACAGUGGACCAAAAAACUAAAGCAUGAAGGGGGCCACAUGGGAAUGUAAAACCGACUCUGGUUCAUAUCUGAAGUGGCCACAGAGCGAAGACUUUGACUUUGUAGAGCCUCUCAGCACCCUUGGGCCACAGUCUGACUCUUCAUCCCUGCACACAGAGUCCAAAUCUACCCAUCAGUGUGCCUGGACAUGAACUGUAAUAUCAACCACUAUCUGUACCAAUGUCACUGCAGAUACAUAAUCACACCAAUGCCAGUGCAACUUAUAUUAAAGAAACAACGUUCCAGUAUCUAAUAUUCACACUAACUGCCAAUUUAGCAUCCCCUCCCCUCCUUAAUCCUCCCGUUCUCACCUUAAUACCCCGAUCACUAGCCAUGAAAUGUAUGUGCCUGAAAUGGAAAUAGGCAGACAGAUUCUCCAUGAUCUCCUCUUUCUUUUCUCUGUGCAUCGAAAAGACCUUAAUAUCUUCCUCUGUGGUAUCCCACUCUCUGAUAAUCUCCCUCUGUAGGAGUCGCUCCAUGAGACCCCCGCCAUCAUCCGCCAUGCAAAAAGCAGCGGGGGAGCCGUGAGUCACUCCCAACUGCUUCUGAAGUUUCUCGUUCCUUUUUGUAUCAUUUAACCACAGACACAUUUCAUGGCAUGUUGUCUUGAAGAAUGUUUUCGUCAUUGUUUGAGAUUGGCAGCUCUGGCUGAUGCAAGUGACUCAUAUCUGGGAAGAAAGGUCAAUAGCUGCGCAGCCCUCUUGGUAAUCAACCAUUUCUUUCUCUUUUUCCGACACUCUCUAUCCCCUUCUCCGACACAGACCCCUUCACAGCGCCUCAAGGGUUGUGUUUCAGUAAUUUCAUGCUUGUAAUGUAACACACUCGAAUGUUUGGCUCCUGUUUGAGGUGCAUUACUUUCAUUUUGUGGCUUGGGUUACAUGGCUGAUUCAGCAGGGUGCUUCCUCGGCUCUCUAUGGAGCCUGGAUGUGCAACAUGAGAGAAACAUCUCCUGGGCCGUUGGAGCUCUGCUGACUCACCGAGAUGAGUCUGCAUCUCUGAGCUGCGAGCGGUGACGUCAUCGGUGACCCGGCACCCACAGCUGCUAAAUAAACAGACGCUUUGAUGAAUUUGGAGGAGAAAGAGUGUGCAAAAAAAAAAAAAAAGGAGUCCCAUCUGUCAUUCCUUACACUUGCUGAGCGGAAAUUGGGACACCCCUCAGAGGCAAACUCCUCACUACUCUCCUCUCGCUGACAGCACCGCCCCCUACAUACUCACUCUUACAGUCUUGCACACAGCUCUGAUAAAGCCUGAUAAACAGUUCUGAGGCGCUAAUGCAGCAGCCCAGCAGCCGCGCUGCUCCCGUCAACACAGCGCCCAUUAGAGAGACGUCCUGACAAGCAGGUAGUAAUUACCUCAGGGUUUCAGCUUCUUUUACCCUCUGCUCUUCUUGGCUCAGCCACCGCUCAUCACAAGUAACGCUGCGGUCAACAGAGGGCUGACAAUGCCCCUCUUUAAAGCCGCAGUGUGACAUUUCUGACCCCCCUAUCUGAGCCCCCAGGCCGGUGACAUUUACCACACUGACAUGGUGAUAUAAAAGCACCUAGAAGAAUAGCUGGGUGGCACUUUUGUAUCUCACAGAACCACUUUCAUGUUGACCCCCCCCUUUUCUGCUUGCAGUAACUGUAAAAGCAGUAGACACAGAUACGUUGUAUAGAAGUGUGCUGGAGCUUGACUGCACUGCUUUGGCAUCCAUUCCUACAGGGGCGUGUACUUUCUCAGGGUCCCUCUCGUUGUGGUAUGACUAUGAAUUAGAGGAUUUCUGUAAACAUCCUGUAGACUUAAAAUAGAUUAGGUUGGUAGACAGGUACAGAUAUAAAGCAGCUGUUUAUUAAAGAACAUAAGAGAUGUAAAGAGUUACGGGUUCCUGUUUCUGGCAUGAUUGAGGCACUGAUUUAAAAAGUAAAAAGAGUUGUGAACUCUAGACUGAGAAAGACACGAAUAUGGGAGUUCUUAAAAAUGCAGUUCCCAAAGUGGCCACUAGAGGCUAGCUCCAAAAGUGAGUCAAUCCCCAUCAGGCCCUAAUAUUGAAAUAUUUAACUUUACAGCAGAAUUAAGCAGCCUCAAAUCAUGUGGUCAACUACAUAGCUAAUGAAUUCAGGCUAGACGGUGUAGUUAACUUGGCUAGGUCUUCAUUUUGCCCGAGUGUCGCCCCUUUUGGGUCCAGGAUAGCGUAACGCCGAGGAGACAAAAUGACGGACUUUAAGCUUCACGAAGAAGGGGUAAAAUUACAGUGACUAUGCCUUAUUAUAAAGCUUAUGAAGGAGCUCGUUGAGUUGAUAUAAAACCCCUGCCAGCAGCUGGUGAGCUUAGCUGGGGAAACGGCUAGUCUGGAUUUGGCUAAAUGUCUACAAAACACUUUGAAAGCUACAUUUCUUUCGAUUGGUUUAUUGAUUACAAACUGAGAUUCUUAAAGAUUUGAUUAUAACCCCGGAACAAGUGGUAUCAAUCUAUGUGUGUAACAUAUGCAUAGGAAGCCAAUAGGUGCAGGAUUCAUCAUUUAAAAGGAGAAACAAGAUGUGUUAUCUUGAGUUCAGUGAGUCGUUGCAUCCUGUGAGAUUGUCACCGACAUCUCAAGAUGACUUGACUCUCCGGUCUCCUCACUUUGUGAUUCAUCCUCUUCGGCUGCAGCACUGUGAAAGGAAACAAAUAAAAAGCUGCUGUAUUUUGCUCACAGCUCUUCAGUUGAUGUGGGCAUGUGGUGUGGACAUGUGACCACACACACACACACACACACACACACACACACACACACACACACACACACACACACACACACACACACACACACACACUCACACGGUAAAAGUGUAUGAUUCACUUCUCUAUUGAGAGAGCCGGUAUGAUUCAUCCUGAUCCCGGCUGUGGCUCUGACAUUAAAGCAGACGCCGCUACAGUAAGAAUGACCAGAGUGUUGAUUGAGAGGAGAAAGUACAGUCCUCAUGUCCAUUCCCCCCCUGAGGUCUAAUCAGCCCUCUGACGACACACUCAUCCACCCACUCGUUUUUUUCUCCUGCAGCUAGUAAAGCGAGACACAGUGUAAGAAUGUAAAACCCAAAACUAAACAGAAAUAUGCAAGACACAUUCAAGGCUAAGAUUUGCAUUGUCCCUCAUUUUAUUUUGUAAUCUUUACAUUUGCUUGUUGGUUUAUAUUUUGAUUUGUAUUACACUUUUGGAAUCAGUAUUUUUUCUAACAAAUAUGUUAUUUUGUAGCACUUAUUAGAUGUAAAAUGAAUGCACUCAAAGAGUGUACCACAGUUCAAGUGCCUGUGUACAGUGUCACGUGUCUUUAAGUUUGAAAGUUUAACUUUAUUUUUCUUUGCAAAUCUUCCACGUGUGUUAUGAUUUGAUGUGCAUUGCUUUGUUUUUUAAGAGCUGAUGAAGGUUUUUGGUAAACGGUGGCAGAGUUCUACGUUAACAUUGGAGAGUCAAGCAAACUGUAAAAACUUGGCACCACUUUAAAGACUUACAGUACAAGAAGUCGCCAGUGAAUACAUACUGUAUGCUAACAAGCUAUAAAGACUGGCGAUAGGGUCAUGUAGCAUAACAAAUAACAUACAUGUCAGCUACUCUAAAAACUCACAUAUGCUCUUAGUCAAUAGAAACCAGCUCUGUGCUGAGUUCUUGCAUGUACAGUAGGUCUCUUCAUGUGCCUCCAUGUGAGAGGCCACAGGACAUGUAACAGGUUCACUGUGAUUCUGUGGUUUAUCACAGACUUGAUACAGAUAGAUCAGGACCUGCUCCCAAAACAGCUGAAUGUCACCUGUACUUACCUACUAAUGUUAAAUGCAUUGUGUAAAUGUGAAUUUCUUAGAGUUGAUACAAGAGACGAAAAUACAUUGUAAAAUGUACAAAAACAAAAAUGUGUGCAAAUGAAAUGAGCAUCUAUAAUACAAUAAACAAAGAUGACAUUGCA